GUGCGUUCCAGGUGCCGAUUGUAGUGCGAGAGAGGUUUUCUAACUUGCCUUCUGAAAGGAUGGCUGUAUUUUUGGUUGAUGCUUCAUUGAACGAAAUGGCUUUAAAAGGCAAACAACUUUACUUUAUAUGUUGAAGGCACCAUUACAGACCAAGGAAAAUGCUGGGAAGGCCAAAACCUGGGGAAUCCGAGGAUGAUCUCCUGCGGUUCCAGCAAAAUUUCCUAGCCACGGGAAUACUUCCAGCUGCCAAAGUAAUAAAGAAGGCAGACAAGAGGAAAGUGGAAUCGAAAGGUGCUGGUGGAAGUCAGGCCAGCGAAGGUUUAAGGGACAUGGUUACUUUGGAAGCUCUUCCCGACCUUCCUCCGUCAUUAAUGCCAGUCCCGCCCAAGAAGUCCAAGGGUAAAGUAGAAAGUGUCAGAUUCCAAGAGGAUGAUAGUGAGGAGCAGAUGGAUCUACAGGACAAACACAUCACAGCUGUCCUUUCUAAGAUUAUUGAGAGAGACACCUCAGGGAGUCCCAUAAACCCUCCAAUAUCAACAGGGCUAGCCUUCCCGAAGGUCUUUCACAGGUCGGAGAUACAGAGCGAGUUGAAACCAGUUUCAGGAAAGAAAAGUAUCUUUGCCCAGAAACUUGAGGCAAAAAGAGCAGCUGAAGCACGUCAGGCAGAGGCUUCUCAACCUGGAAUCAGCCCAUUGAUCAUGGGUACAGGGAAGCAGAGGUCAGCUCAGACUCAGACUACAGAAACAUCGGAGAAGAGCCACUCGCCAGUUUCAGAUGAUGGGAGAUGGGCUUCAGGAGAAAAACUGGGUAAAGAGAUAGACCGUCAAGAAGCUCAGAGGAUUCACGAAGAGAAUCUUGCCAGACUGCAGGCCAUGUCUAAGGACGAGAUUGAGGAAGAACGCAAUAAUCUCAUGGCACGAUUAGACCCAAGUUUGAUUGCUUUUCUAAAAUCAAGAAGAUCGGGGGAAAGCUACAUUGAAGUCUCCAGCAACAAAACCAAUACACAAGGAGCAGAAAACAGUGACGAGGAUAAGCAAAGUGAUUCUCACUUGGAGGCAGAACUACAGUCCAAUUCAUUCAAGAAAGAGCCAAUGGACCAAGAAACUACAGAACCUGAUAUUCCACUGAAACCUGACAAAGGAUGGGUCCACAUGGACGUGCUGGAGUAUGAGAAGCUGGAAUGGAUGAAAGAUCUGCCCAAGCCCAGAAGGCGGAAGACCAACAAGGAGAUGCAAGCAAGGUUCAGUUUCCAUGGUGACUUAAUACCCCCAGGUGUCGAUGUUCCAACUCAUCUGGGAUUGCACCAUCAUGGGGAGCAGCCAGAGGAAGCUGGUUAUUCGCUACAAGAGCUCUUCCAUUUAUCCCGCAGUCAGAUAAUUCAGCAGCGAACUCUUGCCCUUCAGAUGUUGGCUCGAGUCAUUCAAAAGGCUAAAGCUGGCGAUUUCUCCUCCUCCCUUAAGCACAGUGUGUUGCGAAUGCUGCUGGAUGCUGGCUGUUUGUUUCUCCUUCGCUUUUCGCUGGACGAUAGUGUUGAAAAUGUAAUUGCUGCCUGUGUUCAGGCCCUAAAGGCACUCUUAGUCUCUCCUUCUGAUGAGGAAUGUCUUGACAGGACCUUCUCCUGGUAUUUGGGAUCGUCAGUGUUCCCCCUUCGGCCCAACGAAACAGAGGAGGAGGAUGACGAUGAUGAGGAGGAGGAGGAUGAUGAUGAGGAAGAAUCGAAAAUGAAACGAAACGAGAAAGCCAAGUCCAAGGAAGAGAAGAAAGCUGAUACAGAUGUUGCCCGCAUUGAUGCUAUCAAAGGUUUGCUGAAGAUGAAAGUGCUUCACCGUUUGCGUUACAUCCUCGAAGUUGUCCGACCUGUGCCCUCAGUCGUCCUUGACAUUUUGGAGAUCUUGAUUCGGAUAGCAAGACAUUCGUCUGAGGCUUGUAAUCAGAUUCUAGGAUGCCCAAGGCUAAUGGAGACAAUUGUCUCAGAGUUCCUACCAUCCACCUGGAGGAUUCAGACUCUGAGAAUGGGUGAACCGAUGACCAACAGCUAUGGUGUGCCAAUUGCUGCUGCCAUGAAAUUGACUCGUGUCCUAGCAUCUGCCGGAAGGAACAUGUCGGCUAUUUUGUUAAACAAAUUCAAUAUGAAGGAGCGAAUUGGGAGGUUCAUAGCACAAGAUCCUUGUGACCUGCACUUGGAGCAACAGGAAGCCUAUGUAUUAAGCAUCGAGGCCUUGCGGCUAUGGGCCGUAGCAGCCAACUAUGGACAAGCAUGCGACAUGUACAAGGCCUUCUAUCCUGCACUGAUGAAGAUUCUCCAGACCCUACCAAAUCUGGUGUCCCAGCUGAAAAAAGAGGAUCCAUUGUUUGAUUAUUCCUUACAGAGAGCCGAGACAUUGGUUUGCCUCCUGAUCAACCUCACUCACAGUGUGGGCUGUGCUUUUGAACUGCAGGCCCAGUUCACCUCCAGUGCUGGGGACCAGGAGGAACACAUUCCCCCUCUUCCGUUAGACUGGAGCCAUGUGGCAGGUAUCAAGCCACUACUGGAGGGCUGUGUCAAAAGAUGCUUUAAGGAAGUCAGCUGUCCAUCGACCUGGAAUACAGUGAGGCAGCUAACUACAACGUAUAUCAUCUACCUGGCGACAUACUACAGCAAACUCAGUCAACAGCCUUCAUAUAAACCUGUUGAGUGCCUAGAAGAAUUAGAGCAGUUGUGGAUGGAAUCCUUGUUUCCGCUACUUAAUCAGCCUACAUUAGAGAAGAUGUUUGAGGAUCUCAGGUCUUACUCAGCCCUGUGCAACCCCAAGUCCUGCUGUCCAGGUCCUGAGACGCUCCGCAGUCUUGUGUCACUGGGCUGCAUUGGAGAAAUGCAUCCUCUCAGCCUGACGGCGUCCAAAUCCCCUUUUGCGUUCAUGACUGCGUUGCUUUAUUUACUGGACACCAUUUGUGAUCUACACAAAGGCUUGGCAGAAAAGUGCUCUACCAUUUUGCACAGCAAAGGUCUGAGGGAUUACUUGGUCCACAGCUGUAAGGAGAGCCCACCGAUAAACCACAGAUCCGCCUGGUUGCUGCGACACGAAUUCCACUUCCAGCACUUUGUGCUUAAACUGGCAUCCAAGACGGUUGCUGUCAGUCCUCAAGUUGCCCAGCAAGCUCCACUCUAUCACUACAUGGCGCUGACGUUGCUAAGCCUGCUGCUGCCAGGGAGUGAGUUCUUGGCCCGUGACCUCCUGUCUGGGGUGGCCUUUAACCAGGCUUUGAUACCGGAAGGCAGGUCCGGUGGCCCUGAAGCAGAAGACCUUUCGAGCAUCCUCCGGCUCGGAUCCAAAGGGGACACUGCGGAGAAAGCUUGUGCGAACCCGACCCGUGGCACGUUACUGGGCGCAGCCUUCAGCCAGCUUCCCACCAUCCGCGCCCGUUACCUCGCUCACUUCGCUCACCUCCAGGCUUCUGUCCGGCAGUCCCAGACCACCUACACAGGUCGGAACCACCUGAUCCAAUCUGUGCUGCUGCCUGAAAUGACCGGUCCUCUCCUGCCGGCUGAUUGGGCCUUCCUGCCCCUGAUCAACUUGUACGACCAAGUGAACCGGGAGGAAACAAAGGGCAGGAUGGUGGACUCUCUUCCCGAGAACCUGGUGGAAAUGGUGAGCAGCAGUCUCCAGUGGGUGCUGCUGUUGGAGACCUGGCGAGGUGGGAUCUUGCAGGGACUGCCACUGGCUGCCAAGCUGGCACGGCUCUGCUGCGUCUUCCUCACGGGCAGCAACCUCUUUCUGGAGCCGGCCAUCCGUGACUAUCUGUCCGCCCUCCUGUCCAUCUACUGUCAGCGGAAGAGGUUGGACUCGCUGGACCUCAGCGCCCCGCUCCCAGGACUGGCCUCCUUCCACGAUCUGUACAUCAGCCUCCUUGAGCAGUUCGAGAGCGUCUCGUUUGGUGACCAGCUUUUUGGCUGCUUUCUCCUGCUGCCUCUGCAGAGGAAGUUUGAUGCCCAGCUGCGCCAGGCUGUCUUCGGGGAGCACGUCAAUGUGUUGCGGGCACUGGGAGUACCGCUGAAGCAGCAGCUGCCGAUCCCCUUGGAAAAUUACACCCAUCCCAUGGAGUCUUCAUUGGAUCUGCUGCGCCAGUAUUUCAAGACCUUGGUGACGUGCACCCUACGCCUCAGCUGGUGUCCCGUGCUCUACGUGGUGGCCGUUGCUCAAGUCAACAGCUUCAUCUUCUCCCAGGAGGCUGUUGAUGAGGAGUUUGAUGCUGCCAGAAGGAGUAUGCUGCGAAAAUCAUACUUAUUAACCGAUGAGGUGCUGAGGAGGCAUCUGCUUCAUUUCAAGCUGCCCAAUGUGGAGUCGUCCACCGGGUUCGACAUGUACGAGGAGCUGCCCCCUGUGAGGCGCAGGUGGCUGCAAAAAGUCCUUGGAGACCUUCUACAUGUGGAGAAGGAGCAGAAGGCACAGUAACCAGAGAGACAUGGACUCAAUUCCCUUGAACUUGUAUACGUGACCCCUGGACUCUCUGAGGAGUGAUUCUGCAUGGAUCAUUGAUGGGAACAGGAUCAGGAAACGGCUGGGGAAAAGCCAAGUGCCAUUUUGUCAAACUGUGAUUACUUCUUAUCUGUCUGUGAUGAGCAGGUUGUAAUCAGACAAAAUAUUGUUCCUGCCUUUCAUAAACUGAUUCUCUGAUCCCCUCAACAGUGCAGAUUUCACUUCUUUGUGUGGACUACCCUCUUGUCCUGAACUGGUUCAAGCUUCCACUUGCAAAGUUCCAACAGCACCGUGGAAUAGGAAGACUUCGUCCACGCUCACUCAGGGAUGGAGGAUUAGCCCAAAGAGUUCAUUUUCUCUCCUGAAGUAAGUGAAGAUUUCUGGGAAAGACGAAUGAAAUUUAUUGCUCCAGUUUUACAGUCAAGAAAUUAAGGAUUCUUCAAACAGCCUGGCGUAUUGUGAAUUAUGCAGACUAGACAUUUACUCUUCCAUGGAUAUAAUUACUUGACAUGUCAAUUUACUUUGGUCGUAGUUUACAUCAACUGUAUGGACUGUGGGCCACAGGAAUGAAGUACAUUAAAAAUGAAAGACCAAUGUUAUGUAUUCUAUUAAUCUAUGUGCAUCAAGACUGGAGGAUUGCUAAUGUUAUUCCUUCAUUUAAGAAGGGCUGCAGACUUAAGCCAGAUGACUAUAGGCCGAUGAGUUCUACGUCAAUGGUUGGUAAAUUACUGAAGAAAACUCUAAGGGAUAGGAUUUAUUUGGAAAGGCAGGGACUGAUUUGGGAUAGUCAGCAUGGCUUUGGGCAGAGGUAAUCCUGUCUCUCUAAUUUGAUUGAGUUUAUUGAGGAGGUAACCAAAAAGAUUGAUGAAGGCAGGUGGAAGGUGUUACCUUUAUGGACUUUACUAAGGCAUUUGACAAGGUCCCGCAUGGUAGGCUGGUCUAGAAGGUUAAGGCACAUGGGAUCCAAGGCAAGCAGGAUAAUUGGUGGAGGGAUGCUUUUCUGACUGGAAGUCUGUGGCUAGUGUUCACUCCUGAUAUCACCGCUGGGACCUUUGUUUGUGAUAUUAAUGAUUUUGUUAUGAAUGUCGGAGGUAUGAUUACUAAGUUUGUGACACGAAUGUUGAUGGUGUUGUGAAUAGCAAAGAAGAUUGUCUCAGGCUACAGAUCAGAUGGGAAGAUGGGUGCUCCAUUGGCAGAUGGAAUGUAAUCUUGACUAGUCAGAGGUAAUGCAUUUUGGGAAGUCAGAUCGGGAUAGGACAUGUACAGUAAAUAGUAGGGCGCUGAGGAAUGUUGAUGAGCAGAAAGACCUUGGGGUUCAAGUCCAUUGUUCCCCGAAAGUGGCAAUAGGAUGGUGAAGAAGGCAUAUGGCAAGUUUGCAUAGAAAAUCAAAGUUGGGGCAUUAUAUGGCAACUUUAGAAAACACUGGUUAGACUGCCCUUGGAGUAUUAUGUGUGCAUUUGUGGUUGUCGGACUAUAGGAAGGAUGUGGUUGUGCUGGACAGAGUGCAGAGGAGAUUCACCAGGAUGUUGCCUGAAAUGGAGGACUCCAGUUAUGGCGAGAGAUUGGAUAGGCUGGGCUUUUCCUCCCUGGAGCAAGGGAGGCUGAGGAGGUUGCAUGAAGGAGGUACAUAAUAUUAAGAGGCAUAGAUAGAGUAGGUGGUCAGAAUUUUUCUCCCAUGGUAGGAGUGUCAAAACCAAAAGGGCAUGGGUUUAAGGUGAGAGGGUGGAGUUUUAAAGGGGAUCUGAGGGGAAUGUUUUUUUUACACAGAGAGUGGUUGAUAUCUAUCUACAACGUACUGCCAGAGGAGGUGGUGGAAUCAGAUGCAAUCAUUAUGUUUAAGAGGCAUUUGGACGGACACUUGAAUUGGCAAGGCACAGGAGGGUAGGGACCUGAUGCAGAAAGCAGGAUUAGUAUAGAUGGGCAAAAAGGUUGGUAUGGACGUGGUGGGCCCAAGGGCCUGUUUCUUUGCUGUAUGACUCUAUGACUCUAAGAUGAUGUGAUCUGGGAAAGGACUGGAGGCAGCUGAUUGCAGGCUUUGAAGUUUCUACUGUCUUAUUGGUUGUGUCUUAGCAGCAGCAUUGUAUCCAUUUCUGGUCACCCUACCGCGGGAAGGAUGUCAUUGCUGCACAGAGGUUUUAAAAGAGAUUUACUGGAAUGGUUCUGGGGUGAGGAGCUUCAAUUAAGUGAAGAGACGAUAGAACUGGGAAUGCCCUUAAAGCAAAGAAGGUUAAUGGGAAACUUUAAUGGACGGAGUAAUCAGGAGAAGAUGUUUCACAGCAGGAUGGUCAAUACCAAUUUAAAAUAAUUGGCUUAGUAAUUCAAAGGAGAUGCUGUGAUGACCUGGAAACCCAUCUAAUGACUUUAAAUAGAGAAUCGGAUGUACACUUGAAAUGAGAAGAAACUGAGGGCUGUAGCAAAGGUAGCUGGA